AUGAACAAUCAAUUCACCACAACAUCUACUCCUCAACAACAACAUUACUCAUCAACAAUAACUCCUUCCCAUCAAAUUGCUUCAAGUGUUAUUCUUGCUCCACCAUCUCAUCAAAAUAAUGGUUCAAAUUAUAACAAUAAUAACAUCACUAAUAUAAAUACAAUGUUUUCUUAUCCUCCUCACUAUCAACAACAACAACAAAAUAAUAGUACCAUGAAUAAUAAUAAUAAUCGAUUCUUUUCAUUCCCUUCUUUCCAAAUUCCAACUAGUACAAUUCUCUAUCCACCACAAUCCCAACCAACAAACUUUAACCAACCACCAUUUUCUCUCUUCUCCAAUACCGCCCAUAUGAUAACAACAAGUAACGAUGAAUCAUCAUCAGCAUUAAGAAAACGUUCAAACGAUGAAAUUAGCGCCACAGAAGAUAUUUUCAACACCUCCAAUAAUUUAUUAGAAGAUACACAACAAUGUAAGAAGGUUAAAAUAGAAUCUUCUACUUCGAUAGCCUCUUUAACAAGAACAACAAAAUGGAAGUUGGGAAUAAUUCCAGCACAAGUUUUAUAUCAAAUAAUGUCUUUUAUUAAUAGAAUUGAGUUGAUCAAGAGUGUUGGUAAAGUUUCAAAACAUUUCCAUCGUACAAGUAGAACAAAUUUGUUAUGGCGUAACGAAGAUAUUACCAAAUUGAUUCCAUCAUUGGUUUCUAUGAAUGCUUUAGUUUUAUUCCAUUAUCAAGUAUUUGGAAUGUAUAAUGUUGCUUCUCCUUUUGAACAAUUAAUUUUGUAUUCAAUUGAUCAAGCCUCACUUGCACAAUUCCUUUCUAUUUAUACUAAUUUAAAAAAGAUCAAGAUUGUUAAUAGAGCAACAUUAAUUAAUAAUCAAUUAACAUCUUGUCAACUCAAGUCAGAAGCCUUGUUACAAAUUUGUAAAACUUGUAAAGCUUUGAUUGAUAUUGAUGCUAGCACAUUAGAAAUUGAACAUAUUGAACCUAUUUUAACAAGUAUUGCUGAUAGAUUAGAACAUUUAAACUUGGAUCAUGUUAAGAGUGUUACUUUUGAUCAUGUUAACUUUUUAUUAAGAAAUUGUAAAAAUUUAAAAACACUCAAGUGCUUAAACACUCCAAAGUUCUCUAUUAAUAACGAACAAUUAUGUGAAAUUGCUACUAAUAGCAAGGCAGACAAGUUAUCAACACUUGUUGUUAGAUUUUUAGGUGUUGAUAAUUAUGAAAAUGUUAACUUGUUUGUUAAAAAGUUUAAAUAUUUAAAGAAUUUACACAUUUCAAAUUGGAAUGAUGUUAAUUCUUUAAUGCUAACUAAAGUAUUGAAUGGUUUGGAAUGCUUGGAACAAAUUAAACUUGAAUGUAAUGAAAAUACUAUCAUUUCACAACCUGUAUCUAUUAAUAAUUCAAAUAUUACAAGUAUUUCAAUUUCCAAGUUAAACAAGUUAUCUAAUUUAAUAUUUGGUUCUAAUAGUAAUAAGAAGAUUUCACUUUUAAAGUUUGAAUCCAUUUCACAACUUGAUUUGCCAAUUAUUGAAGAUUCUGAAUUAACUAUUGAAACAUUUAGUAUUAGAUCAAGUUCAUUGAACAUUUUCCAAAAUGAUAAAAUUGUAACAGCACUUGAUAGAUGUGAAAAGUUAGAUAUUUUGGAUUUACAAAGUGUUACUCAAUUUAAUUUGAGUUCAAAACUUUUAACAAGUGUUCAAUUGUUUAUGUGUGAUCAAUUAACAUUUAUCAAAUUUAAUAAUUGUUCAAAACUUGAAUCUGUUAGUAUUGAUGCUUGUAAUCAAUUAACAGAAUUAGAAUUAACACAAUUACCAAAAUUAACAGAAUUAGUUUUAUUUAAAUUACCAUCUGAAGGACAUCCAAUAUUACAUACACUUUCAAUUAAUUGUGGUAAUGAUUUUUCUAAUUUACAAAUUUCUAGAUGUGUAAAUAUUAGAAAUUUAAAUUUAAAUUGUCCAAAUUUAAAUUCAUUGAAUCUUACUGAUUGUAAAAUAUUAGAAAAUAUUAACCUUUUAGGUACAAGUAAUUUAUCAAAGGUUGCAAUUUCACUUUGUGUUUAUCCAAAUGAUAGAAUGAAUAACUUGUUUCAAUUUUUUAAAAAUGUUGAAUAUUUGAGUAUUUCUAAUGCUGCUCAUUUAACAGAUCAAGUAUUGAAUGAAUAUUUAAGUGAAGAAAAUGCAUCAAGAUUACAAGCAUUGGUUUUAUCAAAUUGUCAUGCACUUGUAUCACCACAUAUUCAUAAUAAUUCAAUUAAGGGUUUACAAUUAUUGAAUUUGAACAUGUUAGAAAAUUUAUAUAUUCAUUCCAAUUCACUUGCUAAAUUAUUUUUAAGAAAUAAUUCACAAUUGAAGAAUCAUAUUCAAUUAGAAACAUACAAAUUGAAAUUACUUCAAGUUCAAAAUUGUCCACAAUUACCAUCAGUAACAAUGUCAAGAUCAUCAUCCACUUGUAGUAGUAGCAGUAGUGGUAGUUGCACUAGUGGUAGCAGUGGUAGUAAUUAUGGAAAUACUUGUAUGAAUGAUAUUAUUCAUCAAGCACAUUUUGAUGGAUGUCCAAUGUUAAAUUAUGUAAUAUUUAAAUCAGAGUUAAAUGGUUCAUUGGAUUCUUACAAGAUGAUUAUUGAUGAUUAUUUAAUGAAAGAUUGUCCAAAUUUUAAUGGUGGUUUUUACAUGUCAACUAGUAAUGGUAAAAUGAUGAAAAUGUAUCACCACUAUCAAACAGCUCAAGUAUUACCAAUGAAUUCACAACAUGUUCCAAUAGUUUUACAAACAAAUCAACAAGCAAACUGUACUAACAUUCCUUCCAACCGUCCUCUCAAUCCUCACCAACAACAACAACAACAAUACUACCAACAACAACAAAUGAGAAUGCCACCACCACCAAAACAACCAAUUUUGCAACAACAACAAGUUCCAAAACAACAAUUAACUCUUGGUCUUGUUCCACCUCCAGAAAUUGUUUAUAAUCAACCAAUAUCAGAGUUUCAACAAUAA